AUGGUGAAGACUUUUCAAGUCUACCUUGACGUGAACAGUGGUGGAACUAGUAGAUGUGCGAGCAGUAGCAGUACAAGCAGUGCAGGCGGUGGCGCCGAUUCGCCAGUCAUCCUCGACGAGAGGACCUACAGUUGCGUUCAUUGCAGGGCCCAUUUAGCGCGUCACCAGGACCUCAUCUCCAAGUCCUUCCAGGGCAGCCAGGGCCGAGCCUACCUGUUUGAAAAUGUCGUUAACGUAGCAUCCGGCAAACCCGAGGAUCGCCUGCUUCUUACAGGUAUUCAUUUAUCCAGAAACCCCCUGUAUUUGUAUUUUUGCCAGAAAUUAACUAAGUAAUGAGGGGGUAUUUUCAAGAAGCUAUAAUAGUAGUUCCACAGCGCGACAUUUACUACUCGCAUCUCCCUUGUAUAGCAGGUUGGCUACGAGGAGGACUAAGAUUGAAAAUAGAGUUUCAUUAACAGCGAGGACGUCAGCAUCACCACAGCGGCGCCUUCGUUAAUGCCGCCUACCAUUGCCACUACUACUACUACUACUACUACUACUACUACUACUACUACUACUACUACUACUACUACCACUACUACUACUACUACUUCUACCACUACUACUGCUACUGCCACCACCACCACUGCUACUCCUACUACUGCCACUACCACUACUACUAGUUACAUACCAUCUACUGCAAUCCCAUCCUCUCACCCACCAGGCUCCUAUGGUGAGACAAUAUGAAGACGACCGAAGGUAGGCUCGGGUGCAGCGCCUCGCAAGAUCCGGUAUCCUGCGCAAUGUGCCAAGUUUUCACGCCAAGGAGUGACUUGGAUUUCGCAUUCGUGAGUCCCGUUGAGGCUACAUUCAGGAGGAAACAUUGGGCCCGACACCCAAUCUUCGAACCAAUCACCCCACAUACAGUAUUGACCACGGGGACUGAGUUGUUAAAUCAGUUGUCAGUCUCCUAAGCCACAGCCUUUAGCGUAUCGCGAUAGCUCCAAAGCGCUUCAGAUUUACUAUAGCGAAAAAUGCGUUUGAAGUUCUGCGGGAAUGGGCUCUUGAAUGCCGACUUCCCUCAUCCAUCUCCCAUGUAUCACUCCAUUGUCCGAGCUGGUCUGUCAUCUGACGCUGGGGUUGGGCGCAGUGGCCCACAGAACUACAUUAGACCGUCUGGGCUUGCCGCAUACUACUACUGUUGCUGCUGCUGCUGCUACAACAACAACAACUACUACUACUACCACCACCACUACUACUACUACUACUACUACUGCCACUACUAGUAAUAAUAAUACAAUGGCUACUACUGAUAGCUUGUCUGUCUCAAGCGACUGCCUGUAACACGUGGUUACGACCUGCUUGUGAAUUGGGCCAUAAUAAGGGCCGCUUUCUGCAGCGACUAACUCAUCUUCGCUUCUAAUACCCACCAUGUUCUUGCGGUAAGCCGACUGGAGCUAGGUGUCCGCACCACGGCCAGUGGGGCUGAAUUUACUUGUGUGCCUGUCGCACAUACACGCUUGUCUGACUACGGAUGCUCCAGACAAACGUCAAGCUGGAUUCCAGGACUGGAAGGUAUGCGACUUGCAUGUGGCAUGCUCUACCGUGAUGGGUUAACUCGGCUUCCCUCAGUACUGGAGGUCAGGCUGCACUCCCUCCUGGUGGACCUUUUGCGGUAGCCCCUCUUUAAAACCUGCUUCGUGUGGCGAUAGAUACCAGACCGUAGACGGAUUGUUUGGCGCUGUCAGCUACAGUAUCCACACCCACCUCCAGUUGUCUUGACUUUGCCUUGUCAUCGAAAUAUGCUGGGUGUUUGCAGGAGUGAAGCAGAUGUCGCACAAGUCCGGCUUGGUAUAAACAAAUUUAGGCGUUGGCCGCAUUUUGCCCUAUCGUCUGACUAUAGAAUUACCUUUUACCCUGCCUUUUGAGCAGAGAAAGUACAUUAAAAUUUAAGAAGCCAUGGUGAAGACUGACAUCUUCGGCAGCUUUUUUCGCGCGCUGGCAAAUUACAACGAUUCAAGGCUUUUUUCAGCUUACACCGCCGUAGAACACUGCGACCCCGUCGUUGAUAAAAAAAACCGGCUGUUGAGUCAGUCACUCGUGCUUGCCUCAACUAUUCCGAGCAGACACUCCGUCGGUCCGAGGGUUAACUCGUCCAAGGCUUUGGCGCCGCCUUGGUCACCGAUUGAAAAGUGGACAAAUGCGGCUAAGUCCGGCACUAGAAGAAUCCUUGAUCGUAGAAUGAUCAGUUUUGGAAUGGGAGGCCAGCUGUCGGGCGAUCGCAGGGGUCCAGCCACAGUAGUACAAAAAAGUCUUUCAACUGAUUAAUGACAAACACCGAAGUAGACAGGAAGAAACUUUGACGAGUUUCUAGUGUCUACGAUCAUGAAUUACUUGUGGAGUUCAUAAAAUCAUUCCUCCCACCGCUGACAGCCGCAUCCAGGUUUCCGAUGGUCCUGAUCAGCUUUGAGUCAGCUGUACACAUUAUCUGUUUGCAAUUUUUCUUACUUUGGUGUAUGUGGAAACGCCAUGCUUUGAAUGGAGACCUUUACAGAAAACCCUUCGUGCAAACUAUUAUGUCCCAACUUCCGAACUCCUAUCUUUCCUCCAUGUUAAACAUUUGAAUGGGUUUGUUCAAUGAUAGGGCGCCAUUUCUGCGUCGCUAUGAUUUGUGACAACAUUGUUUCAAAAGAUUUACAAUCUACAACCACGGUAGUUUUCUCUUUUGGGAAUCGCAACUCCUGACGCUAAUCGUUUUUAAACGAAACGAUGACCACUGGUAGACUACUUCAAACGCUUACAUGGUAAGAGGAGGGUACGCGACAAAAGUUCGCAUUUACUAAGUGCCAUGUUUAGAUGAAGCAGACUGCAGGAAGUGGGGAAUUCACACUGUGAAGCGGGAUCGAGCUGUCGAUCCAGGAACUUACGCUAGAUUUUCUACCGACUGAACUAUCGUAGACGCGCAUACCAACUACCAUAGAGUUGACUGACCGGCUUGGAUUGCUGUGAUUGACCAGGCACCAUACAGGACCUCGCACUCUCUGCGUUUGAACAGACGGGAUAGUUGCGUCAUGCAGAGCCUUACAAUGUUGUUUGUGCAUAGACUCAAGCACGCGCCACACAGACGCGUUAUGUUACAGCAGACACUGGGGGACGGGGGUGAUACACUGCCAGCAUGCUCUAGGUUUCUUGAGGAUUUUGCGUAAAGGCUGAUCCUGAACAACCACUCGAAUUGCUCGCUCAAGGUUGCUCCUCCUCCUCCUCCUCCUCCUCCUCCUCCUCCUCCUCCUCCUCCUCCUAAAUAUACCCGAAUCCGCCUUCGGUAUUGCUUUAACACAGAAUAACCAGCAUUUCCUCGUCAACCAUCAUCCCAUUCUACUGUGAAAUUAUUUCGAAACUGGAUAAACAAAUCCCUUUCAAAAGUUUUUCUCAGACUUGACCGGAUAACUUUACUGAUGCACCUAGUUGACGAUGAUUCGUGUGCAGAUCACGAUAUCUGGCAGGAGUGUGAAACAUAUUUACACGGGCUGAGCAGCUGUCACAGCAGCAGACUCCUACUGGGGGUUUACUCAGAACGGAAUCCCCUCACCAACACCGCCUUUCGCCUUCGAAACUAGGAGGCGACUAGUGGGCUAAGUAAUCGUUAGAAAGCGGGACCAGUGUGAGGUGCUGAUGACGAAGAGGACGUACAGCAUCGAAUGCUGGACGGGCUGCUGCCCGCGGGCUUUUCCAUCUUAAUAAGGAAUCAAGUAAGUUAAGCGCCCAUACCAACGACAGAAGAGAUGAAAACAUAGCCGGGCACUUCUGACGACGAAGCCUACUGCGGCAAAGACUGGGUUAAAUGCAAAAUAGCGGACUGAUUCACAUUGCGGAUGCACAGACCUCUACGAGAUGAAGAAUUCCCUCACCCCAUAAAGACAGUCAGGACAGCGAAAUCGCUGAUCCUGGAAUGUCAGGUCGAACGCUUAAGAGGCCAUCCCCAACCUUCCACCUGUAGUCCUCGAGGAAGCCUUAAACGUACUGCUUCAAGUGGCAAAAAACGCCGACCGUGCUCGUUUACCUUAUCUGCAAGAAACGAUGACAACAAUGCGGUCUGUGUCCAGUGAUACUGCUCGGGUCUAAGAGUCGGUUUGGAACAGCUCCUUGGCGUGGCCUUUAUGUCAGUCAUCUAUGUGAACUCCGAGAUCGUUCACAUAAGCUUGGUCUUUAGGGAGUUUAUGACCGGCCCGUUCUACCACACUAUUUUCCUUGAACUUAUCCGGCAUUUGGAACGAGAGCACGCGGAAAAGGUAGAGCGGGGGUAGAUGUUGUGUUGGUCUGUCAUGCGCAAGUCACAACUGCGUUCUUUUUAAAACAGCGCUGGAUCACGCGUCUUCUCGCGGCCGCACUUCUAUGCGUGCCUUUACGUGAAUUGAGGAGAAUAAGCACACAGUUCGCGUGUUGUCCGCGUUAGAACAUCUUACUUUCGCUUUCGCCUGCUGUCUUGGUGUGUGCACACUUUUUUGCGAGUCUCGUGGUGUCUGCGCGUCUGUCUGGUUUGGCCUUGCUGACCGGGCACAGCCAAUCCUGCCGGCUAUUGCGCUUCUCUCCCCCAGCCUCUCUCUCUACCUCUCACCGCGGCUAUUGACGUCACUUGCGCAGUCAUCCGUCUCCUCUCACACGGGCACAUGCUCGAGUUGCACUGAGGCUGCUACCUGUCACUGAUUUACGCAACCGACUGGGAUUGUAGCGAAAUAUGUCCUUUCUUACGUAAGUUGGGGAGGCGUAGCGAGGCCUACUCUUUCGCCGCAUCCACGCUCACCGGUUUACCGCGACGAACGCGCCCUCAUUCCUAUGAUAUGCUACCUGGCAAUCAAUAUUACCGCUGGAUAUCAGGCACCAGGAAGGCUCACCCAGUUAAAAAAAACACUCAGGCAGUAAUAUUUAAAAAACGGUUUUUUCUACAAAAUGACCACUUGCCCAACGCAAUAUUCGUGCGUAAAUUUGGUUUAUGUAAAAAGGUUGUGCGUCUAGGUGCGAAAAGCCGAACAACCUCCACUUCAAUCUCACUAAGGUUGUGAUCAUCUAACGCCAUAAAAGUGACCAUCGUCGGUUGAGGGAAUGUGGAAAAGGUAUGCAAGGUGGUGAAGAAUUUUCCAUAUUAACGCACAAAUUUCGUUCACGGGUUAGCAUACAUUAUCCCCCGAGAACGACACUUUCUUCCGGUUGUUUCUGACAAUUUCUGAUGUAAGGCGUGCUUUACACACUGCGGUCGCAUAGAGAAGAUCUCAGCCGUAAUUAUUUUAUCUUUGGCAAGAGACUCGUAGUGAACAACGCCAGCGGUAGUCUGCCAUACACAAGUUGUAAUUUUUUGCGGACGGAGGUUGAAGUAGUGCUAUUGAUGUGUGUUUGUGGGGUAUUGGAUCAUUAGUGACUUUCCCACAAACUGUUUCGUCACUUUAAAAACUUUGGCGAGUUCAUGAUACGUUUCUUUUCGAACUUUUUCAACAGCGUCUCCUAGCAUUUCGUUAUCAGCAUCCGGGUCUUCCUGAACGUGGUGGUUCGUAUUCUUGCUGCACAUAUCACAGGCUUGUGUGAACUUUCAGAAGUUUCUUAACAGAGUGGUUGCACGCAAUUCCCACAAUUUGGCCAGUCGCCAUCUCUCCGGCCGUUCUUGGACGUUACGCCUGAGAUACAAUUAACGCCUUACUGCCUAUACGUGGAGAAUUCCUACCCACAUUAUCGCUCGGAGUGCAUUCAAGGCGCGAAUCCUUGAAUGCGCCGCUUUUUAAGCACACACCUCUGAGCACUGCCCUGGUUACUGUUCACAGGAAUCCGAGGAAUGGAGUUUUUCACGAUCCAAGGACUAGCUCCCUCUGCCAUCUGAAGGAGUUUUAAAAUGUUUAAAUGGCACCAGGGAUCAUGAUGCUUCAGUUAGCGCUCCUAUUUGAGAGGUUUGAUUAUUUACUGGCUGUAUGACCUUCGUAGUGCUAUUUUCUUCGUCCCGUUCAGGGUUGCACUCGGUUGCGGACAUCUACUGUGAAUGUUGCCGUACCGUUCUUGGCUGGAAAUAUGAGCAGGCCUUUGAACCGAGUCAAAAGUACAAGGAGGGCAAGUACAUCAUUGAGCUGGCACACCUUAUCAAAGACAAUGGGUGGGACUGGUCAGCUUGUGACUCUGAACAGCGCAGAUUCUGGUGA